CGGGGCCACCCGGUGGUGUCCCCGAGAGGGUGGGGACGGUCACCAGGGCCCCCCCUAUGUCCCUCUGGCACCACAGGGGACGGGUGUCUCGAUGCCACCACCCUGUGCUGGCCUUGGGCCACCAGCAGGGCCAUGGGGCCACUAAAUGGUGUCACUGGGAGCUUGGGGACGGUCACCAGGGCCCCCCGUCCCCGUCCCCCUGGCACCACAGGGGACGGGUGGCUCGAUGCCACCACCCCGCAGUGGCCUCGGACCGGGGGUGGCAAGUGCCACCAGCAGGGUCACGGGGCCACCCGGUGGUGUCCCCGGGAGGGCGGGGACGGUCACCAGGGCCCCCCCCGCGCCCCCCCAGCGCCGCUCCCUGCCCGGCAGAGCUGCAGAUGAUGGUGGAGCAUCACUUGUGCAAGCGGGCGCAGGGCGAGGAGGAGGAGGAGGAGGAGGAAGAGGAGGAGGAGGAGCGGGAGGAGCAGCAGGGGGAGGUGCCCCCCGGGCGCUGCCACCACGGGGACACCGCGCACAGCCACAGCCCCGGCGGGUCCUGUCCCCUGGCCACGCACCCGCCCGGCCAGCGGACCCCCGGCGAUGGGACACCGAGGGCCGGGACCCCCAGGGGUGGGACCCCCAGAGCGGGGACCCCCAAGGCCGGGACCCCCAAGACGGGGACCCCCCGUGACGGGACCCGCCGCGUGGACGCCCAUAUAGAGCCCCGGGGAGCGGCCAGCGGCCAGUAGGUGCGGACU